AUGAAUCGAUUGUUGGUUUUUCAUCUUCUUCCACAAAAGGCAUCGCGGAAGUGGAUGUUGGUGAAAAAUAAUCUUACUGGAUUACAUGAAUAUGUUGUGAGAAAAGAACACCCAGAAGGUCCAAAAUGCGAUGAUUUGAGGAUUAUAUUUUCUAGAGAUAACUACAAAUUGUUGACUACUCCAACACCUGGCACUUCAACGUUGAAACCAACUCAAGAGGAAAGAAAGACUACAAUUAAUAGAGAAAAUACAUCUACAUCGACUUCUCCUAGCAUUAAUGAUAGAACAUACUCAUCGUCUGAGAAGGCACCAGAAAUAACUGAAACUUUGACAUCUGUAUUCUCUUUAACAACUACAAUUACAAAAGCUACAACAACAAUGACUACUACCUCCAAAGGCUCCUCAGGCUUUCUGUUUUUUGUGAUUAUUGUUGUUAUUCUGGCUGUUAUUGGGAUUGGAAUUGCUGUCUACUUCUUCGCCUUUAAUAAGGGCUCUGACAUGGAGGAGAAAGAUGUUGAGGCAAGUGAUGUGACUAAAGGAGAAGUUAAAGGAGAGGAUCAAAAGGAGGAAGAUAUCAUAGGAGAGAAGAAUGAUAAUACUAAAGAAGAAGUUCAAAAGAAGGAAGAUGAAAAAGUAGAAGAGAACAAGGAUGAUGUCAAAGGAAAUGAUCAAAAAAAGGAACAUUUCACAGAAGAAGAAAAAAAUGAAGAUGCCAAAAAAGAUGAACAAAAGAAGGAAAAUGUCGAAAGAGAAUAUCAAAAGAAGGAAGAUGCUGAAGUAGAAGCAAAGGAAAAAGAUGUCAAAGGAGAAGAUCAAAUGAAGGAAAAUGUCAAGGAAGAACAGAAGGAAUAUGUUGAAGUAAAAGAAAAGAAGGAAGAUCUCAAGGAAAAUAAUCAAAGGAAGGAUGAAGAGGGCGAUAAUAAAGCAAAAGAGAAGGUAGAGGCGACUGCAAAGACGGCGGAGGAUUCUGCAACAACAACUGAAGGCGAAACCAAAGAAGAACAGUCGAAAACUGAAGAUACUGAAGAUAAAAAUGAAGAGGAGGAAAAGGAACAUGAAACUCAAGAAGAUGAGUCUUAG